AUGCCGGUAGCGACAUCGGGGCAGCGCUCCCCGGGGACGGGACGGUGCGAGGAGGGCGGCAGGAGCCCGAAAGGCACCCGCACCGUCCCAUGCCCCACGGUGGGGGCACCUCGGACGGCGGCCACCGUCGGCCGGGAGGUGGCAGCUCGCUGCGGCGGCAGCCCGGCCUCGGCGGCCGCGCACCCCACCCGCUCCCGCCCCCGGGUCCCCGGGGGUGCCGGGAACAGUCGUUCCCCGUCAUUGGGGCAGGAGCGCUGCUCACGGCGUGACCCGAGCCCGGAUCGGCCCCCUCGGGGAGGCUACGGCGGGGCUACAGCGGCAGCGCCGGUGUCACCGAGCAGUAGCAGCGGCAGCAGCAGCGGUGUGAGCACCAGCAACAGCGGCAGCAGCCCCGCUCCCACCUGCCCGCGACAGAGGCUGGAGCUGAGACCGUCGCGGAGCGGCGUUUGGUGCCCGCGCUCCGGAGCCCCCGCGUCGCGGCCGUGCGGCGCCGCGUCCCGCUCGCCCAUGAGCGCCGCCGCUCUCUACAGCCUGGACUCCCCGGCAUGUUAUAAGAACUGGUGCCUGGAGCCCGCCAACUUCUACGACGCCAAGGUGGGCAGCGGCGGCGGGCCGGGUCCCGCCUGCAAGCCGGGGGCCCGCGGCGGCUGCGGGAUGAGCGGCGAGGAGCAGGGGGGCGGCCUGGGGGGCAGCGGCACCAACCUGGCGGAGCUGAGCGCCGCCGCCCCGGCCAUGUACGAGGACGAGAGCGCCAUCGACUUCAGCUCCUACAUUGACUCCAUGUCUGCCGUGCCCAACCUGGAGCUCUGCAACGACGAGCUCUUCGCCGACCUCUUCAACAGCAACCACAAGCCCGAGCGGGGCGGGGAAUACGGCGAGUACUUGCCACCGGGCGGCGGCGCCGGCCGCGACCCCGCCAAGGACCUCGGCGCUGCCAUGACCACCCUGCUGGGCUCCGAGCCCCGCACCGCCUCCUCCUCCUCCUCCUCCUCUUCCUCCUCCUCCUUCUCCUCCCGCGGCGCUCUGAAGCAGGAGCCGGACUGGAGCGACAGCGACCUCUCCUCCUCGCUGCUGCCCUCGCAAAUCGCCACCUGCGCGCAGACCAUCAUGAACCUGAGCGGGCAGCCCACGCCGCCCACGUCCCCCGAGCCGCCGGGCAGCAGCUCCCCGUCCAGCUGCAGCACCCGCUCGCCGGGCCCCGCCGCCGCCGCCGUGCCCGGGCCGGCGCAGGGCGUCCCGCCGGCCGCCGCCGCCGCCGGGGGCAAGGAGCGCGGCGGCAAGAAGUGCGUGGACAGGUUUAGCCCCGAGUACCGGCAGCGCCGGGAGCGCAACAACAUCGCCGUGCGCAAGAGCCGCGACAAGGCGAAGCGGCGCAACCAGGAGAUGCAGCAGAAGCUGCUGGAGCUUUCGGCCGAGAACGAGAAGCUGCACAAGAAGAUCGAGCAGCUCACCCGGGACUUGACCAGCCUCCGGCACUUCUUCAAGCAGCUGCCCAGCGCCUCCUUCCUGCAGCCCGGAUCGGGCACCGACUGCCGGUAACCGGGGGGGAGCGGGACGGAGAGACGGACUCCGGGAGACGGUGGAUAAAUACCUCAGAGGGCCGUGCCGAGCCUGGCCGGGCCGUGCCGCGGCGCCCCGGGCCGGGCCGGGCGCGGCAGGAGGCGCGGAGCCGCGGCGGGACCUGCCGGCCCGCGGCCGCGCUCGGAAUGCGGCAGCGACGUGGGGCGACGCCCGGGUCUUUCACCACGAAACUUGCGAAAAAGGGAAAAAAAGCUAAAUAUUUUUUUUUCUUCUCUCCCCUUAAAUUAUUUUUGUAAUGGUAGUUUUCGUCUUUUCUACAUUUUACUCAUACCGAUGCAGCUAUGGUACAUCUGUUAAAAUGAUUCAAAAUCCCAUGUAUUUAGACAGUAGGAUGGAAAAAAAAAAGACUGAGCAUGCUCAACCUUUUAUAUCAAUUUUUACAGCAUUUCUAAGAAUAAAGAAAAGCAUUUUAAAUCAA